GUGUACACUUCUGAACUGUUCGAGUAUUGUAGUAAUGUUGAACUCGGUCGUGUGAUUGCUGAUUAUGUUUCACUUGGAAAAAGGUGAAAAUUUUUCGAAAAGCCGUAUCCAUUACUUCUUUCGUACUGUUGCAACCUUCUAAGUGCACCGAUUGUGAGCUGGGAAGUGCGAAAUAUAACCUUUGGGCGAAACCAAAUGAAUAAGCCCAGACAAAAUGCGUGAAAAAUUUUUGCUUCUGCUGGAGGUGCAUUGAUAGAUUGGUAGAAAAAUCCAAAUUCCCCCAAAUGGUGGAAGUAUAGUAUAACAACUUCCUUGAAGAUAAUAGGCAAUAAGUGGGUAUAGUAGAAUUGGCACAAGCAGUCGAACGAAGAAGAUUUAUUGCAAAAGCGUUUCUUUGACCUAACAUCUUUUGAAAUCGUGCUGAGAUACUCUCGGUUACCACAAAAAAAUCAUCGGAAUAAAAAGUCGAAUGACUCCCGGAGCCAUUCUUCACAAAGUCAAAUAAUUCGCUCGAACAUCGGAGGAAGACAAAUAUUUGUCCGAGACAAUACUGCAAAAUGGGUUUCGUCAAAGAUCCUUGCGGAAUUGUUUGCGUAUUGGUGACCUACUUGGCGGUGAUAUAUGCCGACUAUGUGGUGACUCGAUGGAUAAUCCUGCAGACGAUGCAAAAUAGCCUUUGGGCCCCAUUUCAUGUGGUUGCUUUCAACACUAUCGUAUUCCUGCUAGCUAUGGCCCACUUGAAAGCGGUACUACUUGACCCGGGGACGGUUCCAUUGCCACAGACAAGGAUCGACUUCUCGGAUCUCCAUUCGGAGCGAAAUUAUAACCGCGAGCACGAAGAGUGGACCGUUUGUACACGCUGCGAGACAUAUCGUCCUCCUCGGGCGCACCAUUGCCGAAUCUGCAAGCGCUGCAUCCGCCGAAUGGACCACCACUGUCCCUGGAUAAACAACUGUGUCGGCGAGCGGAAUCAGAAGUACUUCCUCCAGUUUUUGAUGUACGUGUGCGCGCUAGCUCUGUACUCCAUCUUCUUGAUAAUUGCUUCCUGGGUAUAUCCGUGCGAGAAUUGCUCCACAACCGUCCCGGAGACCCAAAGCCGGAUGCUGCAUAGUGUCCUGUUGCUGCUGGAGUCGGCCCUGUUCGGAUUGUUUGUGAUAGCCAUUAUGGUGGACCAGAUGCACGCGAUUCUGUACGACGAAACAGCAGUGGAAGCCGUUCAGCAGAAGGGACCCUAUCGAAGCCACCGACCGAAAAUGGCUCUGCUGGCAGAAGUUUGCGGUCGGGGUCAUCCGGCGAUGUGGCUGUUUCCUUGUACCACUCUCAACAGGAAACACCAUGACGUACCGCUGCUAAGUCACGACGUUUAGACACAUACCGGAAGGUGUAUCGGUUUAAGAUUUGAUUUGAGGUAUGGAACUGCUUUUCGUUUCGUAUAAUUAUUUCAGGACUUGAGAUAGUUGCUUUCUCGAAGGGAUAUUGGGCGCGCCAUAUGCCAUUGGGCAUAACAGAAUGAGUUCAUCAACAAUCCGUUGUGACAUCUUAUGUAUAUGAAUGUACGUAAUGAGAUAUUUAUUGGGGAGCGGGAAUUUAUGAAAUAUUAGGCAUAUAUAGAAAUAAUUGAACACUCACCGGUACGUAGUUUAUAUUUGGACAUGUCAGCCUCAAGCAAUCGUUUAAAGUGGUGAUAAAAGCUAUUUAUAUGGGGUUUUCAAAUCUUGCUCGAAACCAUUCCAUUCCAGAGUCUGCUGCAAAACAGUAAUUCCUUUUGUAGAUUUUUUUGCUCUUUGAUGUAUUCGAAACGGAAGAGUUUGCAGUUUUAUCAACUACAUUAUUAUAUAUUUUUUCAAAUUAAGAACUCCUAUAUUUCUCAAGAUCGCAACGGCAUUGUGGCUUAGCAACCAAGCCACUAUUAGUGUUGUAAGGAGCGACUAACGGCGAAAACGAAGAUGAUCACAUACCUACCAAUCUUCGUCGCCUAGACAAACCAUUUUCUAUUCAGUUAUUAAGAUGUUCUCGAAUAAAAUACGUUUCUUCAGUAUUCGCUGCCAUAUAACUUAUUCACCAAUGCACUACAUUCUGGUGACGGGAUGGAGAAACGAAUCCCCGACAAACUUUGUCAUAAAUCCGGGUGCUCAAUGUUCGAGAUUUCUGACCAUUUUAUGGGAAGCGCUAGGAAAGAUUUUCAAGGCUUAUCAAUAAGGAUGCGGUUUACACCGAUGUCGUUAUUUUCCGUGAAAGAAAUGUUUUGGAAGCCAAAAAAGGCGAGUGCGAACCUAUAAUCGAUUGGUGCUCUCGACCCAAAGAGCAAUUGAUGGGGAGUUUGUAGACCAAAAUGCAAAAUAUACAUUUUAGCAUAAACGUACAACCGCAACUUAAAGAAAUGUUAAUAUAAAAUGUAUACCCACAAAAGUGGUAAUUAUAAAGGACAUUUGAAUAGGGUAUGUUCUUCAGAAGAAGAGAAAUCUUCGAAAGAGAAGCGUGUUUCACAUGUCAAUCUUUCAACGGUUAAACUCUCUGUGAUCGCCUGUUGAAAUCUGCACCUAUAAACUUGUAAACAUUAUUUCCUAGUCAAUUGGAUUCGUCUAGCCCUGGAGAGAAAUGCCGAAGAGUUCCGAAUAAACUAUCCCAGGUCCUAUUUAGCUGUCUAUCGCCAAUAUAAGAUCAUUUGUGGAUAGUUAUCAGACCGAAUUCAUACCCGAUUGCUCGACGACGAAUCAUGUGGCACUAUAGUCGAUAUAGGCCAUACUGGGGUUCCGCUAGUUGUAAAACGCUUGUCCGACUAUGGCUCCGUAGAUGAUGGCCUGGUAUUUGCAGCAAUACGUAUUUUUCUUGGAUCCUUGCGCUCUUCUGCGAUGGUGUUAUAUUGUUCGCACCUUGUUGAAGCACUCAGCUUUCUUUGCACUACAUGGGCUGAAAAGUCCCGGGAUUUUUCAACAGAUGGCGCCACUAAAAAUAAACAAGUUUCAUUUCGAGAGCUUCAUCUUACACUAAUUCAUGUGUGAAGUUUCAUGACAUUUCGUUUAUUUGUUCACAAACUACAGUUGUUUAAGUGUUACUACCUGAGCAUUCGUAUAAAAAAUGAAAAAGAGGAAUAUCGUAUUUUGAUCAAACAUUGUACUUAGAUGGAAAAAAACUCCUGAACAAUCAAUGCAGAGGUUGACGAAAUGUUAUUCAACUUCUGCUCCUUCGAGAACAACAGUUUAUCGGUGGUUUGGUGAAUUUAAAAUGGGCCACACAAGCACCGCAGAUACACAUCGCACUGGAAGGCUAAAAGAGGCUACGAAUCCAGAAAUCGUGAGACAAGUGCAUCGACUCAUUUUAAACGAUCGUGAAGUGAAGUUACGCGAGUUAGCUGAGGCCGUUGAUAUUUUAAAAGAUCGAGUGUGAUACAUUUUGCACGAAAUUUUGAACAUGAAAAAACAAUCCGCGCGAUGGGUGCCGCGGUGGCUGACCGUUGACCAAAAACAGCGGCGCCUUAAUGAUUCCACAGCCGGUUUAGCGUUGUUGAAGCGUAAUCGUGUGGACUUCUUUCGACGUUUUGUGAGAAUGGAUGAAACGUGGAUCCAUUACCACACUCCUGAGCAGGACUCUGCAUAGUCGUAGUCAACUAAGGAUAGUCAGCUGACUAUCUGACUGACUAUAUCCGUAUUCAGUUUGUAAUGACUUUUGCCUUCUUCACACAGUUUCUCCGCCAAAACAACUAAAUAGUCGGGCGUUUAGUCGCUAUAUCCCUUUACCGUCUCGACUAUAUCAUUUCAUUCUUCCCAGUCCAAUUGUCCUCAUUGCAUUUUGUAGUGACUUCCCUUCUUUCCUCUCUUUCUCUCUCCCAUGUACGUAUCAUGCAUCGAUGCUUGAGUUCGAGUUUGAGUUGACAUACGCUACAGGUGAGCUAGAUUUUUUUUGUAUCCUACACGAAAAUUACUCACACGUAUAAAAUAGCGUGUAGUGUGUAUGCACUAUUUUGCACGUUAUUUACUAAUACUAACGCGAGGACCUUUACAACAUACUUGAUAAAUGUCUAAGUUCGUUGGUUUGAGUUCACGACGGGUAGACAAUAAACCGUCCAUUGAUGAGAUUACUACUUUUCUGCAUCAGAAAUCAAGUUUUCGUUCCUCUUUAUAUGGACGUAAAAUAAGAUUGCGUAGGCGGGUAUAAAAUUAGUGUCAGGAGGAAAUGGAAGUGUGGAUUGAAGUCAGUUGAAUGAAGAGGCAAAUUUGUAGUCAAUAGUCGAGUCACUUAAAAUAAUCACUGACUGGACUAGUUCACCAGUCAUCCUCGCUAGUCAAUUCAUUUUCUAGUCAAGUCACUUUUUGUUGUGGGCGAUUGCUGAAGCAGUUCUAGUCGAUGCGAAGCUACUGAGAGUAGAGUCGGUCUUCAUUUUUCACCUUCGAAGAUUUCGGGCCCUGUUCCUGAGUCCAAUAGGCAGUCUGUAGAGUGGCACUGAGUUAUGUGUGAAGAACUUAUACUUAGGUGUUACUUACUACAGAAAGGGAAUCGAAAUGUUGGAAACUCGCUAUACCAAGUGUAUUGCUCUCGAAGGAAACUAUGUUGAGAAAUAAAUACAGCUUUGCCCGAAAAACUAUUUUUUCAUUAAAAAUACCGGGACUUUUCAGCCCAUGUAGUAUUACGGUUAGAUUCAGCCCAUGUAGUACUACAUUGUUCUCUCCGACGAUGAUAACUGGCAUCUUUUCAAGCGGUCGCUCGUUCGUAAUAUUCACUGUUCUUGUCAGCCUGUCCCACUCGCGAGUGAGUUGCUUAACCGUACUGAACUUCGCCUCGACACAUCGCUUGUUCUGUUGUUCCUGGAGCUUAGUUUCCUCUGGGCCUGCUGUUUGUUCUCGUCGAUUUUCGAGCAUAUGGUUGCGUAUAAUCACUCUAUGUCUUGCGUUUAGUGGGUUUUGAUCAAGCCUCCUGACGAACUCUGGAUACAGUUCCUCGAACAUUGUGAGUAUUCGAAGGCAACCGCUCAUGCCCGUCUCUAAAGAAGUGCAGAUGUAAUAGGCGCGGAUUACGAAUCUGUUCAUUUCGUGUGUCAACAUGAUCCGUCGUCUAGUGGUACAAGUGUAGACGACUGUCGUCUGGCAAUCGCAACAAUUCUGGUAGGCGUAGUCGCGCGCUCUUACGCUUGGUCCAGGACCAGCUCCAGUUCGUGGACCCUACUCUGGCGAUUGCAUUCUAAUGACUUCUUGAUCUAAGCUUCAUUUUCUGGGUGUGAAUCCUUUGUCCGGGAUACUGUAGGGUGACAAGGUAUUUUAGAGUCGUACCCUGCCAGCAGGACGUUUUCGGGACAACGCCCCUAACAAGGAGACAGGCGUGAGGCAGACCCCACCCUUGUUGAUCCCCAUUUAAGAAAUCUUUAUGGAAAAGUUUUCCAGCCGAAGUGAGAGCGGCUGAUCGUGAGAGAAUUUCUCUAGACAUGGUGUUUUCGAACGCCGAGUGCUCAGAACAAUAUGCGGCGGUGUACAGGAAACAAGCAGUUUGGUUGAACCACGAACUGGCGUAGCUCUACGACGAACCCUGCAUCCAGUCGUCAAUGCUGGACGAGUGCGAUGGUUGGGCAUUUUACCAGGAUACUGAACAUCAGCCCCGCAAAAAUGGUAUUCAUAUCGAAAUCCAGUGGGUAUAAAAAAAGAAUAAGAUUCGGGCGAACGAGGUAAUUGGAGAAGAUGGAGUUAAAGUCGAAACCAGGUGGGUGACGUCUUUAGAGAACCCCCAUUGAACUGACAGGAGCCAACAUAUCGGGUAUCCCACUGACAUUUUCCCUUUGUUUUCAUAUGAAUUGGGUAUCCCACUGACAGUUCUGCUUGAGAUUUUGCUGACGAUCCUAGCAUCAAUCAUAGCACACGGCUGGUCGAAACACACUCUCUGGUGUAUUAGAAGCAAAUUCUUGUGAGAAACCGUGGACACAAAUUUCGGAAUCGAGUGAGUAAGUUUGUUUGAUCUUGUUGUCCAGAAACUGUACAAGAUGAAAAAUAUAAAACAUUUCAUUAGAAGCGUGAUUUGAGGAAAAUGUUGUUGGGUGUGCUCCAUACCGUUCACCUAGGAAUCAUGCUGAAAAUCUUGGCUUGAUAGGAUUUUCGGUGGCUAUCGGUGACACAUCGGAUAUCUCAGGAAAGCAUUCCAACUGUAUACUUAACAGAAGCCUGGAAGAACGGCGCUGAAUACGAAAAUGAAGUCCACAUAGAUUCUCUUCUCUUUCGAAGAUCGGAAAUUCUUGCAGAUAGUUUGGACAACCUUUCGAAACUAUUCCUAUAGGUAAUACUAUGUAAUGUUAUGUAGGUAAUGGUGUGUGAAUACUUUUCAUGAUUUGAAACUGUCAACAUGUUGGUUUCUCAUAAUAGAAAUGUGUUAAAGUCGGACGAGUUUCGAAAUUUAUGCUAGGGUAUUGCUAGCGGUCCAGCACCUAACGAUCGCACCACACAGUAUGCUCGCCAGAAACUGUGGUUGAGACAAGCCUGAAGAAGUUGACAAUCCAUCCAUGGAAGUAUGAAUGGAUGAGCUGAUAUGGGUUCUGGAUCGACGAAGGGGUUCUUUUCCAAGAGAUGAGACAGCAGACUCCCAAAGUUAUACAAUAAGAUGUGGGUAAGUGGAACAUUUUAGGACGAAGGUAGUUCUCCCGAUUCCAAAUUAGAUGUAUGUCGAAUCAAAGGAGACGACGAUAGACCAAUAAUGGACACCUGGCGCCUCCUCCUUGAAUCUAACAUCACCAGAUUGAUUCUCGGCAGCAUGCCAUCAAUGCGGAUAAAAGAGCCAUCUUUUACAUGGUACAGCGCGAAGCGCAUUCCAACCGACUCGGCCCAGAUGCUCAAACAUCUUUCAAAAUGGAAAAUUUACUCAUUUAUGGAUUUAAGUAAUUAAGUGUGUAAUAACGGGUAGAAGUUUUGUACUCUGCUGAAUUCACUAGCGGGAAUGCGGGAAUUUUAUUUCCGAAAUUAGCGACAAGCUAGCGAACCAAGGACGGGACGAAGACCCACUAACUAUACUUAUCCCGCUUAAGCUGUACGUCUCUUAAAACAAUGUAUUUAGUCAAUCAGUGACAAAUCAAUCCAGAUGUCUACAAAUAUGUGGACCGUAAAAGUUCAUUGGAACAGCGUGUUCUCACCAGACCACCCUCAUUUUGAUCAAACCCUAAUUUGCAACUUCUGCUGAACGUCGUUUUUGCUCACUUAUAUACUCGUUGAUUGCAAAGGUUUCAACGCAUAAGGCAGUAUUCUAGUCUAGAAAUUUGAAAAUAAUCAAAACAAAUUUUCUUUAUAUUUCUGAGUUUAGGCAUUCAAGAAUAUAACCUAGAAAGGAAUUUUCGAAAAUCCUAUUAUUUACCGAGUUAGAGUCAUUUUAGUGAUACGGCUUUUAACCUGUUAUGGACAUAACAAUGAAUUUCAAACUUGUUUUUUUCGAAACAUGUUUUUCCAAACUGGCGUACACGAUAUCCCAAGCAGUGCUGAAAAUAAUCAAUUCAUUCAUUUUAAUUCGAACGACAAAUACCAUCAACACUUGUUGAUGACAACACUUCGUUUCACACAAAUAUCGUCGGGCUCGUUGGUUACUUCUCACUGUAUCCCUUCCAUUCGAUUGAAUAAACGCACCUUCAUUCAAGCCGCUUGUCAUGCCGUUAUUUGAGAUCGUAAAUCUCAAAUGUCCCUAUCAAUUGAACUAGUGACCGACACUCAAUUGACACCCGACAACGCUUUGGUUUGUUCUCAAACAAAAACUGAAGAACAACUGGCGAGAGUGAUUUUUGUAUCUCUUUCAUUCUUACGCUCCUCGCAUUACUGUGAGAGUGUGAUGCCAACACAUGAGUGAGGGGCAUUAGAAAAUGCUCUCCCAUCGCCUGCUCUGUAAAUGCCGUGCUUAAAUAACAGUGAAUAAACUGAAAUCAUGUUUCAAUGCGGAAAGCCGAGCUUGUGAGAAUGAAUUCAUUCGACCAAAUACAUUCAUCACAUUCAAAUGAGAAGCAAUUGCGUUCGUCUGACAAUGAACCCUUUCGGAUCUUAGUUGACAAGGUUAGCCAAAUUUAAGCGAUCAAGCAAUGCUUUCUUUGAUGACAAAUGGUGUUCUUUAUUAUUUUCGUCGAUUUCUUUCGAUUGAGACUGAAUUUUCACCGCACUGAUGACCCAAAUUCUACUGAACCGAUCCAUGUCAAAGAAUACAAUGCGCGUGCAUCUAUCUAUGAUAAUAAUAAUGAUAACUUUUCAAUUUUACUAUUUUUAAAAAAUCAGGAAACGUAAGAAAAAGCAUUUUUUUCUUCAAACGUCCGCCAUUUUGUCAAAAUACAUGUUUUUAACAUGUCCGAGGUUCAUGCGGUAGUUACUGAGUCAGAAUCUGUUCGAUUUUUUUUUGUUUCAGAUAACCAGAAGGGCUGGAAUCGGGUACGCCAUGGUACAACUUUUUUUUUCAAUUCCCCUUACUUCAACAGCUUGCAACUAUUCUAAGUAUGACACUGAAAAUAUUCUUUGUUUCAUUUUUACGUAGCUCGAAAAAACGUCCCAAAUUCAUAUCUCUACAUUAGAACACCCCCUUAAGAAGAGAAUGUAGGGCAGAUGGGGGUAAGGCGGACAUGUUAAGGAAAACUUCAAUUGUAUCUUUGGAAACUCAUGUUUUAAUCUUUAAAGCAGUUUCUUACAGUUCAAUAUAUUGGUUUUCGAAGUAAUUGACCAAAUGUUUUAUAAAAAUGUGAUUUUUCAUGUUUUUACUGAAAUUAAAACAAGCCGAAAAGUAGAACAUUUUUAUCGAUGCGGGUAUAAUGGACAUGUAGUGGGGGGGAUAUGGACAGAUCAAUAAUAUACGAAGCGUACACUGAGAGAAAUAAUUAGUAUAUAUAACGAAUUUUUUGGUAAAUACUACCAAUCUAUAGUCAUUUUCGACCGUACUAAUAAACACAUAUGUCAAGCAGAACCAUGAUUCGGAAGCCCAAUAUCGGCUACAUUUUCUCGCCGAAAAUGCACGUAUCAGAAUUAUAUCCUUAUUAUACUUCCGUAUUGCCUUAUGGGAACAAUGAAAAUGGUUAAUACGCGCUUUUCUCACCAGUUUUCAGAUAUGACAAUAUCCAAGCUUACUAAUGUUAUCGAGUAAAAUAUACUAAUCUCUGGUAGGGAUGCGGGUUUGUUAACAAUAUGUACAAAAAAUUUGUACAUUCUACUAAUUUUGCAUUACCAAAUGUAUUUGGUAGUUUUCGACCAAGGAUUUUUCUAAGUGUAGAAAUUUAUCGCUCGCGAGAGGAAUAAUUUCGCUCUCUCUCAGUGUGUGCGUCCAGUAACUGAAAUAGAACAAAAACGAGAAAGCAAUAUAAAAAAGAGUUUAAUAUUCUUCCCUUCACUUUCCAUCGUGUAUUGGAUGUGAUUAUGGAUGUGACUGUCCAUUUCAACUCCACCAGUGCAAUUAUUUCAAUAAUUUAAAUUUACCACUUACGAAUGAAUUUGCUUUUCCGUACAUACCUAAUAUCGCUUCUCUUUCAACUCACAAACCAAAAUAUAACCAUCAGCGAAUUAAAUUUUGCAAUUAAACCACUCAAAAUGCUUAAUAUCGUAGCCGUAGAAAUUACAUCCAUACACGGAAUCAUGUUUGAUUUUCGGUUUUUGUUUCCCUAUUUCGCUUUUGAUCAGUAUUCAUUGUCAAAAGAUGGUUUAAAUAUUCUAGAAUAGUAUGUAGAAGAAAUUUGCGGGAAUUUGAAAUUCAUAAUGCAAUUAUGCGCCCGUGGCCGAGUGGUUAGCGUCUCACAUUAUCAUGCCGGGUGUUCGGGUCCGAUUCCCGUUCUGGCCGGGGGAUUUUUCGUCAGAGAAAUUUCUUUCGACUUGCACUGUGGUCACGCGUAUUCUAGAGCUUUCCCCUCGGAAUACAUUCAAGGCGUGUCAUUUGGUAUAAGAAAUCUAAACUAAGUAUUAAUAAAUGACGCUAGUUAAUACAUACGUUGAGCCGGCAAAAGUUCCACAGGGAACGUUAAUGCCAUUCAAGAAGAAUGCAACUAUACAAAUCAACCACCUGUCCAUCAUACCCCCACUAUCCGUUUUACCCGCGGUUCCCCUAGUAUUCUUUUUCAAAGAUUCUAAUUAAUCCAUAGAAAUUAAUUCUCCACGUUAUCAUUUCAACUGUACUCUUCUUUUUCUACUGAUACGAAUAUCAAAUGAAUAAAUGAAUAUAAUCAUAGAGCAUUUUCAAUAAAUAAUAAUUCUCAGUCCCGUUAUUAAUCCCUCCCAACAGCUCCAAAAGUGGACGGGUUUCUUUGUCAUGAUGGUUGUAUUGAUAACCAGAAAUACACCUAUGAUAGUACAAGUCAGAAAAUUUAGCAUUUGAAAACUGGAAAUUCAUUGGCUACUCUUUUUUUGACUAGCGAAAAGUUGAACACACGGCUCUGUUUUACUAUGAACAAUUAAAUCCAACGAAAGUAAAUUUAGCUAAUGCUGAAUACUAGCACAAUUAAAUUACCAUAGCCAUUAACCAAUGAGAAACGAUUGCUCACAGGCUCGAGACUGCCGCGGUGCUCCAUUGAAAUAUAUGGUUUUUUUGGGUAUAAUCCUAAUUUAUCAUUCUUAAAACAAAUAUAGGUAUGUUUCCACCUGAGAAAUAAUCGCGAAACAGAAACAGAAUGGCGAUAGUCAUCUAUCAUAGCUCGAAUCAUUUCGAAGAUCAUCAGUUUUAACAACAAAUUGAAUCAAUGACGUACAAAGAUUUAGAAAAAAUCACAGAAUCACAUCAAAGAAAACGAGAGUAUUUGUCGAAGCAGUUUUAGAGAACACUCACGGUCAAGCAAACUACAAUCUUUCCUACUCUCUAGCGUACGACAGACGGUGGUACUUAGCAAGCGAACGAAAACCUAAUUCAUCACCAACUGAGCAAAUGGUGGCUCCGUCGGCACAGUUCACCCUCUUCUGACCCAGGUAUCGGAAUAAUCAAAAUCCAAAAAAAAAAUAAACGUAAUAAGUGAGAUUUCACAUUUUUGAGAAGUAGUAAUUGAAUACCUUUACAAACGUAAACGUAAUGUUCACCAUUCAACCCCGUCACUUUAUCACUAUGUUUUGUUGUUAUCCCAAACAUCUUUGAACCGUUUUUUUUUUUCUUUUUUUUUCUACGAUUAUAUGUUUAUUAAGUUGUUGAUUAUUUUUAAGUGCUUUCGGUUGUAUAUAUUUGCAUAUAUGUUGCGUAUUUUGGUUGUUUUGAUCGGACUAGGGAUUGUAGUGUCAUUAUUUCAGCAUUUCUUCAUGGGUGCUUCGUACUUUGUUUACACUAUGAUAGCGAUAUGUGUCCUCUUACGAAGACAGAACAAAUACAUUUUCAUACAAGAUAGAGGAAAAAUGGGAAAACUUUUACAUUGAGCAAUAGGAUAUAAAGAUUAUAAACUAGACAUAACGUUUGUAUAUAUUUUAUGGAUACUAAGAGAAGAAUUAAACUUUUGACAUAGCUCAAACGUUUGCUACCGCACUUUUAUAUUAGUAAAAAAAUGCAUUGCAUAAUGUCGUCGUAUUGGCGGGAUAUGUAGGUGUUAAGCUGAAAUUUUGUUCCGGAAUUAGAAGCCAGGUUGCAAAUAUCAGUUUACAGACUCGUGAUCACGGGAACUCAAAAACAUUUUCUUUACAGUAUUCUUCAUCCGUCUUUGAGGAUGAUUAUUUUUCAGCAUUGCGAAAUGAUAAUUAUACCGCUAAUCUGCUGAUUUUUUUGGUCACUGAAAAAUUAUACGUCAGGAAGGAAAACAAACAUUAUACUCUAGAAAUUAUAAAAUUAUAAAAUUACGUUAUAAAGUACGUUGUAACUUCUUCAAGGAACAUUCAUGUCUUCAGGCUAGAAUAUCCGCAAGAGUAUCCCAAACAAAUGUCGUCUCUCCCAUGCAACCAACUCGGAGAACAACCGCAGCUAAUUAGCGUCAACAGAAACUAGUGUUAAGAUAAGCUAAAAAUAAUUGAAUGUUAUAAUGUAACCAUAUACAUAAGUGUAAAGCUCCAAGUCAUUAUUGGUGAAGUAAGAAAGUCUGAGUAACUGAAACAAACGAAUCAAGAACAAAUUGCGUAAAGGAAUAGUCUGUAGAAAAUGUGGUGAGCGCCUAUCGAUUGCGAUAGGUGCGAUCCGGAAGGCAAGGUAUGGACGAAUGAAACACAUUUUUAUAUUUAUAACAAAUGCAAGAACAAGCUAUGACACAAAACACAUACUCACACAAGAACGCGCGCUGCGGUGUCGCGUGCACUUUCCUAUUGUAUUCCCUCUUUCUUGGAACAGUGAAUUACCGGAGAAAUGUGCAAUAAUAUGA